CCGCCUUACUCCUACGCCACGUUGAUCAAGUACGCCAUUGAAAAGAGCCCGCAACAGAAACUUACCUUGAGCGAAAUUUACCAAUGGAUCAUCGAACAUUACCCCUAUUACGGCACCGCAGGUACCGGCUGGAAAAAUUCCAUUCGUCACAACUUGUCGUUAAACAAGAUUUUUGUGCGUGUGGCUCGUCCUAUCAAUGAACCUGGCAAAGGGUCUUACUGGGUAGUCGAUAUGAAAGCG